AUGGCGGCAGAGCCUGGGCAGCAAGAGGAAGGCCGUUGGGAGAGAGAGGGCGCCAUCCUGGCGGUGGAGCUUGUGCUCGUCGGGGAUGACCUAAUGUUGGUGUGGCAACUUGUGGUGGUCGGCGUGGCGGAGGACCCCGGGGAGACUGAGGAGGAGGAGGACGAUGACGACGAGGCUAGGGAGGUUGAGAGUGAGGCUGAGGAAGACGGGGAGGCUGAGGAGGGAGAGGAGACCGAGGAGGAGGACGACGAGUUGGAGGAGUCCGAGGAGUCCGAGGAGGAGGCUGAGGAGAACCGGCAGGAGGAUGGGGAGGAAGAGGAGGCUGAGGAGACUGGUGCGUGGGAAGAAGCGGAGGAAGAAGGGGAGCUGGGGACUGAGGAGGGGGCGCCUGAGGAGGAGACGGAGGACGUGAAGCCCACAGAGGAGGCGGCUGAGGAGAAGGGGACAGAGGAGGGAGAGGAGCCAGAGAAGGAGGAAGAGGAGGCAGAGGAGAAGGCUAGAGAAGCUGAGGAGGUGACGGAAGAGGAAGAGGAGCUUGGGAUGGAGAAAGACGUGGCAGAAGAGCAGGAGUGGCAGGAGGCUGAGGAGGAAGCCGAAGAGGCUGAGCAGGCCGAGGGUGGCAGGGACAAGGAGAGGGAGGUUGAGGAUGUUGAGGAGGAGGAGGUGGUGGAGAAGAAAGAGAUGGAGCCUGAGGGGGAAGAGAAGACUGAGGAAGAGGAGCAGGUGGAGGAGGUGGAGGAGCCUGAAAAGGCUGAGGAAGAGGAGGGCCAGGAGGAGGAUGAGGAGGCUGUUGAGGAUGAGGUUGCAGAGGUACCUGUGCAGGAGGAGGAGAAGGAAGACAGGAGGGAAGAGGCCUGGGAGGGGAGCCAGAAGGAGGGAGACGCGCAGGAGCUGCAGGAGAAGCGGGAAGGGGAAGAACAGCCAGAGGCACCGCCAGGUCCGCCCCCGUCCCCGCUCCAGGCUCUCGCGGCCCUGCAGUCAGAGCUGGAGCCCCUGCACAAAGACGCCAGCGGGGCCUGCUCUGGGCUCAAGCUCAGGUUGUGGCAGAGGCGGCGGCGUCACCUGGAACACCGAAGCGCCCUCAUCCGGGGCAUCCCUGGCUUCUGGGCCAAGGCUUUUGGGAACCACCCGCAGCUGUCAGCCAUGCUCAGUGAGCAAGAUGAAGGCAUACUUGGCUCCAUGACGGAUUUGCAGGUGGAGGAACUCGGGUCUCCCCGUGAUCGCCGCAGGGUCCUGCUCUUCUUUCGCAAGAACUCCUACUUCCGCAAUGAAGUCGUUGAGAAGGAGUAUGUCCUCAGGGCUGCUGGGUACGAGCCGUCUCAUUCCACUCCCAUCCAGUGGCACCCCUGUUAUGAACGGGAGGCCCGUAGCCGCAGACACCACAACAGCAGCCUAAACUUCUUCAACUGGCUCUCUGACCACAGCUUUGCCGGGUCUAGCAGGAUAGCUGAGAUCGUCAUGGACGACCUGUGGCCCAAUCCCCUGCAGUACUACAUGAGGAAGAAGGCCCCAGCCGAGGAACUGAGAGGAGUGCAGGAACUUCAGCAUGUUGAGGGCUUUGCUCCUUUUCCUGCAGUAAUCCCAGGAGGAGCCUCCUCCAACGGCUUGGGCAGGAAGGCACAUGCUGUACCCCCGUCCCCCUUGGCUCUUGGACUCUAUGAGGUGUGGUUCGGACCGGAAGGACGUGCUGCCCAGGCUCAGGGCCACGGCCACAUGGAGAGGGAGUCGUGGUCCUGGGAAGGCGGGGCUGCCUCAGAAUCCGGGACCAUCUUGGUCCCAGAUGGGGGCGGUGUGGAGACGGGGGGCCCUCAGGGAGACCGGCUCCCGCGGGCACGCGGAGACGAGGAGGUGGCGCAAGCAGAGCAGGUCCAGAAGCCGAAGGAGCUGUCGCAGGCAGAGCCAGUGCCGCGGCCCGACACAGCCGGGGCCGCCCUUGCCGCGCUGCAGGUGGUUCAGGAAGCGCUCCGCUCUGUGGAUGUCCAAGCCACCAGGGCCUACCUGCGGCUCAAGCGCAGGAUGAAUCAGAAGCGGAGUGGUCACCUGGCUCGAAGGAGGGCCAUCAUCCAGGGCAUCCCUGGCUUCUGGGCACGCGCGAUCCUGAAUCACCCCCAGUUAUCAGCUGUGAUAGGUGACCAGGACACAGACAUGCUACACAGCUACAUGACCAAUUUAGAGGUGGAGGAACUGGGUCGUCCCAAGUACCGCUGCAGGUGGAUGUUUUACUUUGGGAGCAACCCCUACUUCCAGAACGACGUGAUCGUUAAGGAGUAUCACCUGAGCAUCGGCUUUCCUCGUCCCGCAGGAUAUCGGGAGACUCGUUGCACUCCAGUCCAGUGGUUCUGGGAUUAUGAACGUGGUGCUGCCAGCCGCAGGCGAGACCCCAGCGGCCUGAACUUCUUCAACUGGUUGUGUGACCCCAGCUGCCCAGGGUCCAACAGGAUCGCCGGGAUCAUCAUCGAGGACCUGUGGCCCACUCCCUUCCAGUACUACCCGAGGCAGGAAGGCGGCGUCUGGGAAUGA